UAACUUUAUGAGCGAGUGCCAAAAGUGAGCUCGGACGCAGAGCAUCCUUCGCCACCAAAACUCCAACGUGCUUGCGUUUGUUUAAUCAUUUAUGAAUAUAUGUCACAUGGGCAUACUUCGGAACAUUUCCUGAUUUCGGAUGGUUUCCUUCUCUUGACAAAAUGUAAUUUAUCUGCUGUGCGUUUAUUUCAUUAUAUAUCAAGCUUACGACAGCGGUGUCACUGAACACCGUAUGAGAAAAUCAGUACCGAAUCGUGUUGGAGACCUGGCUAAACGUGUGCAGUACUGAUUAGGUGGCUCAGUCCAGAAUGCCACAAUGUUAAUAUUUGCACACAAUUUUCUGCUGUUUGACUUGGAACCGCUGGCUCCUUUCACCCAAUCGGCGUCCCAUCACUGGCGAGUUCUGCUCAUUGAACUUGGGAACUGACAUAAUCUAGACGGGACCUUGCAGCAUUUUGGGCAGCUUUGUACAAGUUCUACAAAUAUCCAAUUACUUCCUUCAUCCAAGCUAUCUCGAUGGUGCAUGUAUGGAUAUUCGUACUCAUCUUCAUAUUUGGUAUCAUUCCCGAGGGCCACAAUUCAUCACAGAAAGUACCUAUUGGUGUGAUCCUUGACGAUGCGUCCUCCGAGGUGCGAAGGGAAAUACAGAAAGCUAUUGACUUCAACAACCUCAACAACUCUCGCUCCCGUAUCAUCAUCAACGCUUCAUACAGCAUCAUCAACAUCCGAGACAGUUACCAGCUUAGUGCCGCCAUAUGUGAUCAACUCGACAGGGGAGUUUUUAUUCUUUUCGGGGCCAGCAGUGCGGCUUCUUACAACACAAUCCAGUCGUACAGCCAAGCGUUAAAAAUCCCCUACUUUCUAUUCACGCCGACAAGGAACGAACCAGGCGACGGCUACGCUUACGAUAUCAGCAUCAGCCCCUCGUACACCAGUGCAGUCAUCGAUAUAAUCAAAUUUUAUGGAUGGUCAAAAAUAUAUUUCUUGUUUGAUUCCGACGACGGACUUUGGCAAUUACAGAACCUAUAUGAUGCCUUUAGAGAACCCAAUACAAGUCUAGUUGUGGAUGCUCAGAGACUCCGCGCAGUGACAAAGUCACGUGAUGUGCUGCGAAAAUUAGACAGAUCUGAACUUGUCUACAAAAAGAGAAUUGUCGUCUCCUUAAGGAACGUUUCUUCUUACCAAGCUUUCAUGAAUCAAAUUGUGGACGUCGGUAUGAACAGAGAGGACUAUCAUUACGUCAUCGCCGGCCCGGAUAUCGAACUACUAGACCUCAAAUCAUUUCUACACGGAGGGGUCAACGUAACCGGUUUCCGUUUGCUUGAGCAAAGCCGUGGGGAGAGCAUGUCUGAAGAUAUGAGAGCUGGCAUCACCCAUGGGAGGAACCUAAACCGGUUUGGUAAACCGACACCACUGAAGUUUCGAGAAUCGACUGAAGCCGCGUUGGCCGCCGACGGAAUCAAGGUGGUGUCCCGAGCGUUCAACCUGCUCCUGGACAGUCCAACUGACCGUUCCAUCUAUCGGACCUUCCGACACGGGCAAGUGUACAAUGAUGGCACCCGAGGAGUCAAGUGCAGGGACUUCCCCAUAAAACCCUGGACGCACGGCUUCACCAUCAGGAAAGCCAUUACCAAGGUGAAGAUACGGGGACGCUCUAAAAGGAUUGGUUUCCACUCAAGUGGUAUCCGACAACGUCACAAGCUGGAUGUGCUGCAAUUGGAGUAUAAACAGAAAUUAAGGAAGGUAGGAACCUGGUCCAAGUCUGACGGCUUCAAUACAAGCAUGGCUCGACCUGAGAAGGAAGCGUUCCCCUUACCAGCAAACAGAACGAGGAUAGUCACCACCAUACUGGUCGAUCCGUUUGUCAUCAAGGACUGUCCACCUAAUGGCUCCCCUUGCACCGGAAAUGAACGUUUCCAAGGCUACUGUGUCGAUCUCGCCCGACAGGUGGCGGAGAUUGUCAAGUUUGAUUACGUCAUCAAACUGGUGAAAGACGGAGGGUACGGUGGACGCCUGCCUAACAACUCGUGGACAGGCAUGAUCGGGGAACUCAUCAGAGAGGAAGCCGACGUUGCCAUUGCACCACUGACGAUCACGAAAAUACGGGAGCGUGUAGUAGACUUCUCCAAACCUUUCAUGAACACAGGAAUCAGCAUCAUGAUCAAAAUCCCAGACAAGCAAAAACCAGGCAUAUUUUCCUUCAUGGAUCCCUUCUCCAAAAGCAUCUGGCUAUGCAUUACACUUGGAUUUUUAGCGGUCAGCUUUGUGUUGUUCCUUGUGGGAAAGUUUUCUCCCUUUGAAUGGGACGUUGAAUGCACAGGUGAAGGUCAGAGUGCAAGUACAGCGUUUACCCUGUGUAACACCCUGUGGUUUGCGCUGGGGGCUUUGAUGCAACAAGGAUCCGAUAUAUCACCAAGAUCUUUCUCGGGCCGUAUAGUGGGGAGUGCCUGGUGGUUCUUUACACUCAUCCUCAUAUCCUCCUAUACCGCCAACUUGGCAGCCUUCCUCACUAUAGAGCGGAUGUUCACACCAAUAGACUCAGCAGAUGACCUCGUUAAACAGACGGAAAUCAAAUAUGGUCCCAGGGAAAAUGGGUCAACAUACGAAUUUUUUAGGGAUUCUGAAGUGACGGUGUACAAGCAGAUGUGGAACUCUAUGAAGGAUGCUGUGCCCUCGUCGUUCGUGUCCAAGGUGGAUGAAGGGGUGGAGAGAGUCCGGUCAUCUAAAGGAAAGUUCGCCUUCCUGCUGGAGUCAGCCAUGAACGAAUAUUACAACCAGAGGAAGCCGUGUAACACUAUGAAAGUCGGGCGGAACUUAGACUCCAAGGGCUACGGAAUAGCUACAGCACUCGGCUCCGAUUUAAGAGACGCUAUAAAUAUAGCAGUGCUGGAGCUGCGUGAGGUGGGGGUCCUCCACAAGAUGGAACAGAAAUGGUGGUACGAUAAGGGCCAGUGCGGCAAGGAAGGUGGAGGCAAGGACACAGCUACAAGCGCUCUGACACUCAGCAACGUGUCGGGUAUAUUCCACAUCCUCAUCAGCGGUUUAGUGCUGGCUAUUCUGGUGGCGUUUAUGGACUUCCUGAUUAAGAACAAACUCCGGGGAAGAUCCUUUAAGACUGGUUCUAGAAUGAAAGGCACUGCGGUCGUGGAACCAAAGAAAGGGAGACAACUCACUAGAAUGCCGCGAUCACCGUUGGCAGAGACUGAAGAAAACGGAACGUGUUCAUUCAAGGACCCAACAGAUCAUCAGCUGAUAUCCUUCGAUCCCCUCUCAGAUGAGCCGAUUCAUUUAUCUUGACCAGUGCGGCAGACAUUGCUCAACGACAAUGAGGCGAAAACAAUGUCGUAAACGAAUGUGAUAUGGACAAUUGCUCGUUACAAUAUGUCAGACACAAUAACUCGUGUGUGGCAAUAGAACAAAAAAUCAAUAGUUAUAGCGUAUUUGUCAUAAAGGUUUUAGUUAUUGAAUACAUGGCCAGACACUUUGUGAGGUAAAUAACAGAGACAUUCAUUAGUGUUUGAUAACAUAAAUACUGUUUCAAUUCAAAUAAAAACAUAUCAUGUCACGUUACUAACUUUAAAUUUGGUAAUAUGCAGAGAUUUGUGUGUGUUUUAUACAAACGAUUCAUCAUGCCUCAUCAUAGUUUUAAAUAUGAAAUCUUUAUCGCUGAUCAUACGCACAUCCAGAGAGGGGGGAAGCUGCAGGGGUGGUCACUCCCACCUCUUUUAUUAAACAUAAUAUUUAUUAAGGUAUAAAACGCAUAUAACUGAAUCAUUUGUUGUCAUAAAAUAACAAUUAAUUGACUAAGUCUUUUUAUUUGCAUUCAUCUUGCAAAUGUUUUAUUGGAAGGCUAUCUCUCCCCUUUCCAAAACCUGUGCCAUCUUACCCCACCCUCCAACGUCCUUUUUGUCCAAAUAGCUGUAUCUGCGCUUGGUACUCAACAGAACAUCAUAAAUAUAGGGCAGUUAACAACCUUCAGUGGACCUCUUUAUUAUGAAUUUGAUGACCUUAAGAGUAUUCUUAUUCUUAGUGUCAAUUGAAAUAAAAGUUGUUUAUUUUAAAAACGGAUCCAAGUAUUACAGAAUAGAAUAGUAUAAUAGUUAAACGUCACUGGUGGUGAUUUUACUUUGUUUUGUUACGUUCAACCUUUGCAAUUGGCUAUGCAGUCUCACCAUAGAUAUAUCGGUCGGUCACAAGAAGAUUAUGUCCUCAGUAUGAUUGUAGUAAGGGCCGACUAAGAAGAGGAUCGGAUGGUUACAAUGUCUCACAUGUGAUCGUGAUCUGACAGUGAUGUUCAUUCUAUCGACCACUUGUUUGUCGUGUUCAAUUAAUUGCGUGAUGUAGGUGUAUGUUGUCGGAUAUGGUCUAAAACAAUGUCCGCUUUGUCACCUGUAACCGACGAUCUUAUAUCAGUCGCCACGCUGUGUUCCCUCACAACGAAAAUAAGAUUGACUUUGAAUUUGUUUUUGUACAUAUCCAAAUAUUUAUUAGAAUGUAUGAUAUGUAUAUUAUUUAGAAACGGUGUCGUUGUGAAAUGUACAUAUACGAUUAACAUAUCAGUAUCUCGUGCAAUA